CUUAUUCAUCUUUUCCUACUUCAUCUUCUCUUUCUGUUCUUCUUCUUCUACCCCUUUUUCAUCUUCUGUGAUUCUUCUUCACUGUCGUCUUCUCCUCCUCCUCUAUAAUAGUAGUAAGGUUUCAAUUUCUUUCCCACUUGGUCUCUGGGAAAGCAAAACAUGACAAAGGCCAUCUUUACAUUUGCUUUAAGUUAGUUUAGCAACUGUUUUGGGAUUUAAUACUUCAUAACAAUUGCAUUUUGGUGGUGUUCUGAUUAAUUGCACAGUGCCUACACUGUUCUUGCUGGAAGUCAUUGUAGCAUUGUAUUGGCCUGCCGCUUGUAUUUUUGCAGGAAAAAAAAAUACACAGGAAGGGAAAUUUUUGAGGCCAGCAACUCCAACUACUCUACUUAGAAACUAGCUUUAAAUAUGGAGUUGCAGGCAGGUGUCCUUUCACAGGCUUUUCUUCCGAUGUUACCUGGUUCACAAUCCCACCAAAACCAAAGCCCCUGCAUACACUUUUCAAAGGGCCAAACCUCCCGUCACAGACAGCUGCUCUCAGGGCCCUCAGUACUAUAUCCAGCCCUCCGUCACCAGGAAUGGGAAGUACAUGGCUCCAGCACAGCAUAUGGGCGGACUUCCCAAGAUAAUGACCGAGGUCACCCCUGGACCAAAUGACUACUCCACCAACAAGGCCAACCAACACAUCUACAAGUGCGCGCCGGCACACUCCAUGGCCUUCCGGCACAAGGCCGUCAAAACCAAUGAACAUCCAGGUCCUGGCACCUACACCCUGCCUAGGCUGGCAGGACCCAACACAGCCUACACCCACGCCAGCCCGUGCUACUCCAUGAAAGGGAAGAGUAAGCACAAUGGCUUUGCUGAAGACCUCUCCAAGACACCAGGUCCUGCUGCAUUCCCCAAGGUGGAACUGGACAUCUACAAAAAAAGGGCUCCCAUGUACACGAAGGGAGCCAAAAGCAGAAUUGGAGGCGACAAAACAGUGAAGCCAGGACCAGCAGACUACUGCCUGGGAGAGAACUCACGACCACCUUACUGGAGUGAUAAACCGCAGGACAGCAGGCCUGCUCCCUUACCUUGGCCCAAAGCCGAGCAGAGGGAGGCCAAAGAACACAUCUUUGCCUCUCUCACUAGCUCAGACGUUCAGUGCUGACACGCACUCACACAUUACAAGCUCUUCAGGAGGACACACUGCUGCAGAAGGGACAAGCCAAGAGCAGACCUUUCUCAUGCACUGGGGAUCAGCAGGGAGGGCAGGGGCAUC